AUGGGCAACAGCGAGUCAAAAGCGACGAGGCUGAAUGCCCAAGGCUGGCACGGUGCCCAGGAAUUUCUCAGAGAUGGAAGCCUUAAGAAACUCCAAUUAGCUGUUCGCCUUCUCACCCAGGCCGUCAAGGUAGCGGGGCCAGACCACCCACACUUGAUGGACUUUUAUAGAGAUCAAGGAUACUGGGGCGGGUUCUUGUAUGAGCGAACGGGCGACGAAGAAGCCUUCAACAUGUCGGUCGAUGCCUACGCUGGGGCUCUUUCAGAGGCCGGGCUGCAAGGCAACAAAAGGUACAAAAGCCGGCCAGACUUGCUGAUGACGUUGGGAGACGUCUUCAUGAAGCGAUAUCAAAUGGAGAAGACAGACGCAGACCUUCAGAGGGCGGAAGAGCUCUAUGACGAAGCAAUCUCUCUUGCGACCUUUGGCGAUGACAACCAUACGACUUGUGUGGUCUCACUCGGCAGCUGUCUCCUCGCCAAAUUCGAAAAGACAAAGGAUCCAGACGUCCUCAGCAAAGCCAUCCAAUGCUGUCAAGACGGCAUUGAAGAGUUUGAAUAUAGUCAAUCGCUAGUCUGGACAUACUCUGUCCUCAGUGACUGCUACUUGGCCAAGUACAAGGCCACCAAGUCACCCGAGGAUCUCGAGGAGGCAUUUCAGGCUGCCCAAAAAGCGCUGGACAAGAUUCCCUACCACUCCGACGGACUCAAUGCACUGACCAAAUGCCUCCUCGCCAAGUUUGAACAGACCCAAUCGCUUCGCGACAUCGAGGAAGCAAUUGCCAAGGCAACAACAGCCGCCGACAAUUCACAGCUUUGUCGACCCCAGUGGGAAGAGAGCCUCAAGAAUGUGGGCGAUUGUUUGGAUGCAAAGUACGCCAAAACCAAAAAGCAAAAGGAUCUCAACGACUGCAUCGAUUUCCACGAAGAAAUGGUCAAAAUCUUGUGUCUGGCAGAUCCCGCCCGAGCACACUCUUUCCACAUGCUCUGUGGCCUCCGUUUCGAAAGGUACCAGAGGGGAAAGGCCGGCCAGGUCCUCUUGCAAGCCAUUUCGGAGGGCGAGCAAGGUGCCUCGGUGGUGUGGCCCGGCUGGAAGAAUCCGGAGCGAGCAUUGUUGCUUGACUUGCUGGCUUCGUGCUACGGAGCAAAGCUUGCGAGGAAAGAUCUCGCGGGCAAGUCUUUGGCCAAGGAUCUCGAGAGAGCCAUAUCUUGCUGCGGCGAGGCUCUGAAGAUCAUGGGCACGGAUGAUCCGCGGAGGGAGAAGACGGCGAACAAGCUCAAGACCUUGAAAGUGGAGGGAUUCUAUGAAGAGCCGCCAGAGCAAAUUACUAGCUAG